AGUUUAUGAAAGUUGUUUGUCAUUCGGUUCGCCGCUGUUGUUCGCUCUUGUCCGAAGUUUUCAGUAGUUUGAUUUUCGGUUGCAUUUAGUGAAUAAAUAUCAAACAAAUUUGUGCAAGAUGUUCCUGACCCGCUCCGAAUACGAUCGCGGUGUGAACACCUUCUCCCCCGAGGGACGCCUGUUCCAGGUCGAGUAUGCCAUCGAGGCAAUCAAAUUUGGGUCCACAGCUAUCGGCAUCAGCACACCAGAGGGUGUCGUGAUGGCGGUGGAGAAAAGAAUUACCUCAUCCCUGAUGGAACCCUCGAAGGUGGAGAAAAUCGUAGAAGUAGAUCGCCACAUCGGAUGCGCUACGUCCGGCCUGAUGGCUGACUCGCGGACUCUGCUGGACCGGGCUCGCGUCGAGUGUCAGAACCAUUGGUUCGUGUACAACGAGCGUAUGUCGGUGGAAUCGUGCGCGCAGGCCGUGUCCAAUGUUGCCAUUCAGUUUGGCGAUGGUGACGAUACGGAUUCGGCCAUGAGUCGUCCGUUCGGGGUGGCUAUUCUUUUUGCCGGUAUCGAGAACGGAGAACCUCAGCUGUGGCACAUGGAUCCCUCCGGUACAUACAUACGGUUCGAUGCGAAGGCGAUCGGUUCUGGUAGUGAAGGAGCGCAGCAGAAUUUGCAAGAGUACUAUCUGCCCACAAUGACGAUAAAAGAGGCGAUCAACCUGGCCCUUAGCACUCUCAAGCAGGUCAUGGAAGAGAAGCUGAACUCUACGAACGUAGAAGUUAUGACCAUGACCCCGGACGCACUGUUUAGAAUGUUCACCAAGGAGGAGGUUGAGGAGUACAUCAACAAUAUGAGCUAAAUUGAAUGCAUCGUAUCGCUUUCAAUAUGUGCAUUGGCCGAUUAUACUUUCCCAUCUAUGCACCAGACACGCUGUGUGGCCGUAAGUAAGGAAAUGAAAUUGUUUAGCAGGCAAGAGGGAGUUUGGUUUGGUCGUGGGAGAUUCCAAAAAAUAACGUUUUUACUAGUAGCGCGCAAAAUGCGAUGCUGAAGUGAAAAAUUGUAUGCGGCAGUAAAGGAGAAUAAAUCUUGGUUAAGAAGUAAUUAAAGAAUUUGACUGUUU